AUGGGGAAAGCAGACUUUGCAAGGCUAUGCAAGAUUAUUCGUGAGACAGGAAGACUACAUGAUAGGGAACACGAUGGUCGUAAAUCUUAUCCCACACAAAACAUCUUUACUGCAUGCACUUUUAAUUUGCGGUUCACAUAUGUAUUACCUGGUUGGGAGGGUGUCGCAACGGACUCUCACAUGCUUAACAAUGCUCUGAGGAAAUAUUAUCUUGUACAUGUUGGAUUUUCAUUAAAGACUGGGUUCAUUACACCAUAUCGAAGCACACGAUACCAUCUAAAGGAAUGUGGUGCACAUCAACUUGAGAACCCAAAAGAAUUGUUCAACCUUCAACACUCAUCACUUAGAAAUGUCGUUGAACGGAUAUUUGGGGUAUUGAAGAAAUGCUUUCCAAUUUUGGUAUCUCAGCAACAUUACCCUUUUAAGUCACAGGUGAAGAUUGUGCCUGCAUGUUGCAUCUUAUACAAUCAUGUCAUGGGUGUGGAUCCAUAUGAUUUUGUCAUGUGUCAGUAUGAUCAAGAAGCAGUUGAUACUGAGGAUGAUGCAGGAAUUGAUGAUUUAAAUGAUGAUAGAGCAGACAAUACACAACCCAUCCAACUAUCUCAACGAGCUAGUAGAAAUGAACAAUCAAGAAAAUGA